AUGGUGGUUCAAUGGCUCAGUUUUUCACGCUUCCAGAUCCCCAUCCAUCCUCCGUGCAGCUUUUUCUUUUUUGUUUAUUCUUUCUGUAACAUCUUUUUUUUCAUUUUCAAUUCUUCCUACAACCACUACGAUCAUUCUUUUUGCAACCUCUACGUUAUUCUUUCUGUCGCAUCUACCUAUACUUUUUUCUUUCUACAGCCUAUACUUUUUCUUUCUACAACCUAUACUUUUUCCUUUCUACAUCCUAUACUUUUUCUUUCUACAGCCUAUACUUUUUACUUUCUACAGCCUAUACUUUUUUCUUUCUACAGCCUAUACAUUUCUUUCUACAACCUAUACUUUUUCUUUCUACAGCCUAUACUUUUUUCUUUCUACAGCCUAUACAUUUCUUUCUACAACCUAUACUUUUUCUUUCUACAGCCUAUACUUUUUUCUUUCUACAGCCUAUACUUUUUCCUUUCUACAAUCUUUACUUCGUCCUACAGCCUAUACUUUUUCUUUCUACAGCCUAUACUUUUUACUUUCUACAGCCUAUACUUUUUUCUUUCUACAGCCUAUACAUUUCUUUCUACAACCUAUACUUUUUCUUUCUACAGCCUAUACUUUUUUCUUUCUACAGCCUAUACUUUUUCUUUCUACAAUCUUUACUUCGUCCUACAGCCUAUACUUUUUCUUUCUACAGCCUUUACAUUUUACUUUCUACAGCCUAUACUUUUUUCUUUCUACAGCCUAUACAUUUCUUUCUACAACCUAUACUUUUUUCUUUCUACAGCCUAUACUUUUUCCUUUCUACAAUCUUUACUUCGUCCUACAGCCUAUACUUUUUUUUUUUUCUACAGCCUUUACUUUUUACUUUCUACAGCCUAUACUUUUUUCUUUCUACAGCCUAUACAUUUCUUUCUACAACCUAUACUUUUUCUUUCUACAGCCUAUACUUUUUUCUUUCUACAGCCUAUACUUUUUCCUUUCUACAAUCUUUACUUCGUCCUACAGCCUAUACUUUUUCUUUCUACAGCCUAUACUUUUUACUUUCUACAGCCUAUACUUUUUUCUUUCUACAGCCUAUACAUUUCUUUCUACAACCUAUACUUUUUCUUUCUACAGCCUAUACUUUUUCCUUUCUACAAUCUCUACUUCUUUCUACAACCUAUACUUUUUUCUUUCUACAGCCUAUACUUUUUUCUUUCUACAAACUCUACUUCUUUCUACAGCCUAUACUUUUUCCUUUCUACAAUCUCUACUUUUUUCUACAGCCCAUACUUUUUCUUUCUACAAUCUCUACUUCUUUCUACAGCCUCUAAUUUUUCUUUUUACAGCCUCUACUUUUAUUCUCUCGACAAUUUCGUCGUUAUUCUUUCUAUAGCCUCAACUUUAUUUUUUUCUUCAGCCUUCAAUUUAUUUUCUACCGCCUCUACUUUUAUUCUUUCUGUCUCCUUCUUCUUAAUUUCUAUCUUCAUUUCAUUCAUGUUAACAAUCCAGUUUUUAUCCUUCGCCAUUUUUUUCACUCUAUUUUUUUUUCGCUACCUUCUCAUUUUUCUUCUAAUUCCGUUCGUUCUUUUUUCCAUUCCAUUUUUUUUUUCAGACCAAUCUCUUCUAUUUCUCCUUUUUGUUUUCUACUUUCCCCUUUUCCUUUCUUUAUCUUCCUUCUUCUCAUUUUUUCUUUUUCUCUUAUUCCUCUUCUUUCUUCGCUUUAUCUCCUCUGCUGUUUCGUUAUUCCAUCAUCAACUGUUCCUUCUUCUUCCUUCUCUUCUUUCCCUUUUUCUUCUUUCUGUCACCCCCACCUUCUUUUCUUACAAACUUCAUUUAUCUUCUUUUCUCUUUCUUCUAACUUUUACUUUUUCUCGUCAAUACCUUUAUCUCUCUUUCUCUCUCUCUCUCUCUCUCUUUCUCUCUCUCUCUCUCUUUCUUUCUUUCUCUCACACACGCAUACACAUACUUUCUUCUUUUUUUCUUUCUCCCUCUUUUUCUGUUUCGGUCUCUAUCUCUCUCUUCUUUAUUAACACUUUCUAUCUCUCUCUCUCUUUCUUUCUUUCUUUCUUUUUCUCUAAUUUAUUCACUCUUUAUUUCUAUCUUGGUCUCUUCAUAUUUUUUCUUUCUUUCUUUUUUUCUUUUUUUCAUCCUUUCUCGCUUUUUCCUAGUUUAUUAACACUUUCUAUCUCUCUCUCUUUCUUUCUUUCUUUCUUUCUUUCUUUCUUUCUUAUUCUCUAA